AUGUCUUCACACAUACCAUAUUUCUGUCCCGAUUGCUUCGACGAAGAUGACUGGUCGAACACAGAUAAUAUGGGGAAAGGCAUGCCAGGGAAUUCUAAUAUGGAAUUUGAAGUACACCCCAAAUCUGGACGUUCACAAAAGCCCUAUGAUGAGGACAAGGAAUUUACAAAGUAAAUUAAUCUUUUUAUUUAAUAUGAUAUUAUGUUGCAUGUUAGGUAAUAUGUGCAAAAGCUGUUAUUUGACUUAGUUUAAAUCUGAAAAUAUUUACGAAAGUGAUCCAACAGGUGUAUUAAUACUGUAGCAAUUAUGUCUAAUCUUAAUUUUCCCUGUUAUUAUUAUUACUGUUGGUAUCUAAAUAGUACCAGCUUAUUCCGCAGAACUUUUAAAUAUUAUAAAGGCGGAGGAGACAAUUACAAAUUGUUACAGGAACAAUAGGAUGAUGAGGACCCUGCUUACAAUCAUUCAUUAAAGAUAAUCAUUCCUCCUCUGCUUUCCUUUAAAAUGGGAAUGGUGUGUCAGCUUUAUUGUUUUAGUUAAUGAAAAUCCACAUGGCAAAUUUAGGCUAUAAUAACUUAUUUGAAAUAGUGCUCUUGCCCCACUGUGUAAUAAAACUUAACUUUUAUUUCCCCUUAAAAUAUAUUUGGAAAAUAAAUGAGAAAACACACACUCUCUCUAAAACUGAUGAGUAGUAACACAAACUGAAACGUUGGUUUUAUUUUUUCGAGCAAUAAAAGCUAAGUUUUAUAUACAGUAUACAAGUCCUGGGAAUACUAUCUUUAUACUGGAUGUUAUAUUUUUGCUGACAAGCACCGGGCAAGUAAUUUUGGAUGUUAGUUUAUUCCCUCACAUUAGAACCCCAGGAGAACUACUUAUGAUCAGUGUGUUUGCAAAACUUUCCCAACUCAGCUAAAGUCACUGCUUCGUUAUUUUAGCCUAAAACGUGCCUUUGGUAUUUCUGUUUACUGCAAAUUGGACUUUAGCCAAACCAUUCAAAAAUACUUACUUAGAAUGGGUACCACCAGGUUACUCAAGGCACCAUAACCACUACAGCCGAUUGUAAUUUAAUAUUAAAGUUCUAUUGUCAUUAGUUUAUUAUAUGAUUCUAUCAGACACUUCACCAAAUCUGUGAAUGCUGAAGAGCAUACCUCAAAAACAUAAAUAAAAAAAAUCCCUGCUGUACAAGAAUCAAUUUGUAGGUGGGUGUUUAGUUUCUGUUGCUAUGGUGAUUCACAGAUGCUGUCAGAUCCCACAUUAACAUGGUACAAUGUAAUAGAAUAUUUCCUAACAGCUAUCACCGCAGGUUAACUUGCUUCUCCCCAAUACAUGAAUCUAUCUAAUCUGGGGAUUUUGUAAUAAUUUAAAGGACCACUAUAGUGCCAGGAAAACAAACUUGUUUUCCUGGCACUAUUUAGUCCUUAGGUUCCCCCCACCCUCAGGGCCCCCCUCAUGCUGGGCUGAAGGGGUUAAAACCCCUUCAGCCACUUACCUUUAUCCAGCGCCGGGCUCCCUCGGUGUUGGUGACCUCUCCUCCCUCUCCGAUGUCAUCUCCCGAGUAAUGCUUUCCUAUGGACGUUCUGCGUGCUCACUGCGAUUUUCGCAUUGAGCAUCGCAGAAGCACCUCUAGCGGCUGUCAGGAAGACAGCCACUAGAGGCUGGUUUAACCCUGCAAUGUAAACAUAGCAGUUUCUCUGAAACUGCUAUGUUUACAGCUGCAGGGUUAAAACCUAGGAGCCUGGCACUCAGACCACUUUAUUGAGCUGAAGUGGUCUGGGUGACUAUUGUGGUCCUUUAAUGCGCAUCCAGAGGUGGGAAUGUGAUUCCUGAUGGCUGAUCCUUCUGUGUUAAAAGAAAUGUGUGUUAAAAGAAAUACUUGUGUGGCACCUUUAAAUCUAAGAACGUGGGAUUUAGGUAUGUCAUUAUACAUUUGAAUUUCAGUGCAGAGAAGCUGUGAAAUUUUAAAUUUAUCCAAAACCUCCCCUAACAUACAAACGGUAAUUCACACCUUGCUAUUAGGGUGAACCAAGGAUCCAAAAUAUCUUCCUGAAGGAUCCUGCAUCCCUUCACUGCAGUACAGGAGUUGCACUUUAGGUUUUACUGAUUCUAAAUUAUUCAUUUCAAAAUUGUCUUGCCCAGGGUUUCACAAAUAGUAAGAAAUGCCUGGUUUAUGAAUUAGUUUAAUUUACUCUCAAAAGUGUGUGUGUGUGUGUGUGUUUGCAGGUGCAGGAUUGUAUAUGUGGAGUGUCAGUGUAUUUGUGUAUGUGACAUGCCCCAUUUUGAAUACCCUGGUUCGUCUACUUUUGAAAUUGGUUUGCCAUGAUGGGGUUAAAUAUCAUUCCUGGGCUGCCAUAUGGUCUCACAGGCUACAUAACCAAUCUAGCAAAUUUCAAUGUGUAAAAACAAAAAAAGGCUAAAGCCCUAUAUUUAACUCGGUAAGUUUCUAAAACCCCAUAAAACCUGUACAUGGGAAGUACUGCUGUACUCUUGAAACAUCACUGAACACAAAUAUGUGUUUUUUAUUUUAUUUUAUUGCAGUAAAAACUAACUGUAUUAUGACAUUCACAAUUAAAAUGCCAUUCAGAACUUAAAAAAUAAGACUUUUUUUUAGGUUUUAUUCAUAUUAAAUUAUGUUUCAUAUAUAAAUAUUUGAUGUGAAAUGAAAGCCCUGUUUAUCCUGAACAAAAUGUUUGGGUGGGUGCACGUAAUGUAAAAUAGGCAAAUUAUGGUUGAACAGACAUAUAGUCAAAUUCAAGGUUUUGUUUUAAUCAGAGCUUGUACAGUUGCAGACAUCCCAACAUGCAAAAACUCAUUUCAGGAAGGUGCUGCUCCCCAUCCAUAUCUCCCCCCAAUAUUUCCCACCUAUCUCCAUCAGUUCCAUCCAUAUUUACCCCAAAUAUCUCCCACCCCGCCAUUGCAUCCAUAUCUUCCCCCAGUAUCUCCCCCCACUAUCUCCUACCCUCAUUCCAUCCAUAUCUCCCACCUUUAUCUCACACCUACCCAUUCCAUCCAUAUCUCCAUAAAAUAUCUCAUAUCUCCAUCAGUUAUCUCCAUUAGUUCCAUCCAUAUCUCCCCCAAAUAUCUCCCACCCCACCAUUCCAUCCACGUCUUCCCCCAAUAUCUCCCCCCUCUCCAUUCCACCCGUAUCUCCCCCCAUUAUCUCCUACCCCCAUUCCAUCCAUACCUCCCCCAGUAUCUCCCACCUCCCAUUCCACCCAUAUCUCCCCCCAAUAUCUCCCACCCACCCUUUCCAUCCUCCUUCUUUCACAAGCAGCAGUAGCUGCCCACCUCACAGAGCCGAUGCCCUAGGUGAAGGUUGCACAGACUAUGCACACAUACAGAUGUGCCCACUCCCUACUGUUUUACCUGUAAUGGCUGGGGAGGGCAUCUCCUUGUAGUCCAGCAGUGUGCUGUUCAACUGGAAACUCCCGGAACGUCCAGAAGAGUUGGGAUGUCUGCAAUUGCCUCCGUCCUUAAGUGAUUAAUGGUUGCUUUUGUUAUGAUUCUUUGAAUACAGUUUUUGGUAUGUUUUAAACACAGAGAUCUCUUUCCUUCGCAGAUCUUCUUCCUGGUCAUACAAGGACAGUAGACGUAUGGGGAGAGAAAUGAUAAGGAGACAGAAACGUAUGGACGAUUUUAGUUCUUUUGGAGGUUUUUGCCCAUGUCAGGACUUUGACACAGACGAUGAUUCGUAAGUCUUAUAAUACUUCCCGAGGUGCUAUUGUGUGGAAUUCUUUAGAAAUUAAGAAGUAAUUAAUAAAUAGUGUAAUAUAGCAUAAUUACCGGUUUAUAUUAGUUAGGCAUCCCGACCCUGCACAACAGUCGGUAGAUUAGAUUGUAUUGUUCUAUAAACUAACUCGUAAAUUGCAUGUUUCAUGUUACAAUAUGUUGACAAAUUGCACGUCGAUAACAUUUCCUGCAGCAUCCAUCAGGGCUUUACAUGAAAAACCUUUCUUGUUGCAUAGAGCAGUAAUAUUAAGGAGAAAUCUACUUUGGGUAGUACCAGGGGACAUAGCCAUCACACCUAAGACUGGUCCCCUUUAUGGUUCUUAGGUGCGCAAGUUUUCCGGACGUAUGGGACAAGCAUUUCUCAUAUGUCCUUUCUUGCCACAGUAUAAGCAAAGGCCCUCUUUUCUCCUAAACAGUUGUUCUGCCUCUGACAGUCUCAUAACCCCUUACUGCAUAGGUUCAGUUUCAGACUGCACAGGAGGGCCAGAAACAACAGGACUAGAGAAGAGAAUCGCCAAUGACAUAUUCAUAAGUCUGGUUCUAUUUCUAGUUAUCUCCCUGUUCCUAAGUCGAUUAUGUAUAUGCAUCACCUAAGUGAUGUAUUCAUUUAAUCUCCCUGUUAGUUCUUUGGCUGCGAUCUCAUCAAGGAUAGCUUCGGAUAAUCCCUCUGAGAAUGCGGUGAUUAAUCCGUUAUUGGUCCAGUCUACCUCGGAAGCCAGGGUGCUGAAUUCUAUGGCAUUCUCUGAGACAGACCGGUUCCCUUGCUUGAUACGCAUUAGGGCAGUGGAGGCAUUGCUCUCCCUUCCCAAUGGUUCAAACGUUAAUUUGAAUUCCGCAAGGAAUUCCUGGUAAUUAUGGGCAACAGUCUUAUUACUUUCCCAUAAAGGAUUGGCCCAUGCUAAGGCUUUACCUUGUAGUUGGUUCAUUAAGUACCCAAUUUUAGCUCUAUCUGUGGGGAAAGACCCAGGUGAGACUUCAAAAUGGUACUCAAUUUGAUUAAGGAAUCUCGACAUUCAUGAAUAUUACCUUCAAAAGGCGGGGGUGAAGAUAGGGUGAUAGUAGGUGCCCUAUAUACAGUAGGUGUAGGUACAGUAGGUGGCGGUGUACCUGCAAAGUGACCUUGGGCUGCAAAUGAGCCUUACGUAUUAGUAGCGUAUUGAAAGCUUGGACAAAUUGAUCCAUACAGUGAUCAUUCUCCUCUAGCUUUCUCUCACAAGCUACUAUGUGCUGACACAUAUCUGCAGGAUCUAUGGUCUGCAGGAUCUAUGGCCAUGUCUUAAUGUCAGGAUUAUAUUGAUCCAACACGCAGAAUAGUAUCACACCCUAGAACUAAGGGUAACGUCUUACCGGGCCUUAGAAUGGCCGGACUUAACGUACCCGAGAAUAGUCUAGCCGAGGUCAGGGACACGGAACGAGACAUAGUCAUAAGGAAAAGCAAAAAGUCAAGGGUACCAGAAAUCAGGGAAAUCAAAACAAAGCUAAAGUUAAAAAAACAGAAAAACAUGAUCAGGAACACACUCUCGGAUAACCAUCUAAGACAAACCACGAUAGGGCAAUGAGCUAAGGAAUAAGUGAGUUUAAAUAACCCUCUUGCAGAUCCGAUCGGCUGUACCUAGCCCUUGACCCCAAAAUGUGCGUGUGCGUCUUUUGCGUGACGUCACCCGCACGUCGACAUCGUCUUUACCAUGAACGGGCAUGGGGCUAUAUAAUUGCGUGCACCGACAUGCCGCACAAGCCCGGCAUCAUGGCAGAAGAUCGCCAAGCGGCCCCCCCCCUGAUCUUCGGAAGGUAAUUAUCUCUGUUUUUGCCACAUGGAUACGAAGGAUACGUGACACAGAGUUAGUGCUUAGUUGGGCUUCUUCACACAUUGCCAUAGCAUUCUGAAAUGCAUUAUAUAUUGCAGAAUCCUGCAGUAACUGUAUCUACUGCAUAUAGGCAUUAUGUUUACUUAUAUACAUUAUUUUUACAUUCUUGUGGCAUUUUAGGAAGCUGCAUUCCCCAAAAUAAUAUCAGGCUCCUACAAAUACCCAUAUGUAGGGUAUUAACCAUUUUAAUAAUCAUUUGCCGCAAGUAUCUCUGACUCUUUCUCUCUCUCUCUCUCUGAAAUAGUGCAAUGUAAAGGAUAGUGAUUAUUGUGAAUGGUGAAUAAAUAAAUGUAAAAUUAACACUAAGCAUUUACACAAUUUUAGGUAUUCCUGAACAACCGUCUAUAUUUUAAAAUUUUCUGUUUUACCCUAUUUUUAAGAAUCUAGCAUUGUGUUAAAGGGACAUGCAUCACUUACCAUUAUUUAUUUAAACCAACAAAGACUUUAAAACCAAACCAAAAUUAAACAAGAAAAACCUUUAAACGUAUGUAGUGAACAUUUAUAAACUUACUGUAAACUUGAUCAGAUUGCAUUGUUGGGCAUGCCUCGCAGCUAUGGGAGUUUCUUCAGCCUCUCUCUUCUUCCCCUGUCAGGAUGUUGCAAGGUGAAGAGCUCUUCCAAUUGCAUAUGUGUAAAUCUGUCCGACAUGCUCAAUGGUUUUGUUAAGCAUUCCUAGGGACAGGUAACUGAUUGGUUAGACCAGUGCCCCCUGAAGUGUGUGUGUGUGUGUGUGAGAGUGAGAGAGAGAGUGUGUGUGUGUGAGAGUGAGAGAGAGAGAGAGAGAGAGAGAGUGUGUGUGUGUGUGUGUGUGUGUGUGUGUGUGUGUGUAAACCAUAAGAAAGAUGAAGCAAGAAAAUAUGAAAAAAAGAGAAAAUCAUAUUUACCUGCUUUUUUCAGGCAACUGUGUCACUCAAAGCUAAAGCUAAAAUUACUUUUUUUUUUUUUUUGUAGUGAAGGGUUUACUACAUUUGUCAAUGGAAAAUGUUGAUAUAUAUUUCUACUGAACUUAAACUGAAAUAUUUUUAUAAUCAUAUUUCUCUUCCCUCCCCCUCCUCCCCCCAAGGUCAUUGAGCAACCUGAAGAUGGUCGUUGAUACGUCCCAGUCUACAGAUAAAAUGUUUAUUGCUUUGGUGAAGAUGGUUGGUUUUAGUUCUAAUGAUGUCAAAGUAAAAGUGAAAAAUUGUAAUCUUAUUGUUUCUGCGAACCAUGAGGACAGUUUUGAUGACAACGUAGGAAAGAAAGAAUACAGGUACAAACACAUAUGCCACCAGUUCAAUCUGCCUGCAUCUGUCAAAGAAGAGGAUGUGAAACAUUCCCUUGAAAAUGACAAAACUCUCAGAAUUGAAGUUCAUUUGCCUGAGUCCAAAGAUAAUAAACCCUUUGAUAGAGACAACUACAUCGGUAAGAACAAAAAUGAAGAGAAAUCCAAGAAUAAAGAAACGUAUUGGUGA